CCAGUCUCUCAGCCGCUGCACCUGUAAGAUGCUCUCCCUGGAUCCGCUGGGUCCCGAGUGGGACUGCCCCCUGGGCUCCAAGGACCUGGAGGAAGAGGAGGGCCCAUGGGGAGGAGGCUCUGGCCUGCCGCCCCCAGGCUGCUUCCCUGGCUCCUGGCACCAGGACGUGGGCCUGGACUGCAAGGGCUCCCUCGAGGGGGCGGAGGCCCGGGCCUGGACUGUCUACUACUAUAGCCUCCUGCAGAGCUGUCUGCAGCAAGCCGGCCUUCCGGAGACCCAGGACCGCAGCCAGGUCCCCCGCACAGGCUGCCCUGGUGCGGAGGUGACCUUAUGCGUUCUGGGAUCCCCCAGCACCUUUCUGUCCGUGCUGCUGGAGGGUGGGGUCCAGAGCCCGGGAAACAUGCUCCUCUGCCUGUCCCCUACUUGGCUGACGAAGGUACCGGCACUUGGGCAGUCGGGCGAGGCGGUCCUGCUGGUGUCCAAGGCUGUGAGCUUCCACCCAGGGGGCCUGACAUUCCUGGAUGACUUUGUCCCCCCACGCCGAGCCACCUACUUCCUGGCGGGCCUGGGGCUGGGACCUGGCCGGGGUCGAGAGGCAGCUGAACUUGCCCGUGACCUGACCUGUCCCACCGGAGCCUCGGCUGAGCUGGCCCGGCUGCUGGAGGACAGGCUGCUGACAAGGCGACUGCUGGCUCAGCACGGAGGUGUGGCCGUACCAGCUACCCUGGCUUUCACCUAUAAGCCCCCGGCACUGCUGCGGGCGGGGGAGGCCGGCCCGGGCCUACGGCUGGUGGAGCUGAGUGGCAAAGAGGACCAGCAGACACUGGUGAAGGAGGAAGUAGGGGCCUUUCUGCACUCCGGGGCCCUGGCUGAUGCCCUGCAGGUGGCCGUGAAGCUCAGUGGCUGGCGCUGGCGGGGGCGGCAGGCACUGCGUGUGUACCCUCGAGUGGAGCUGAGCACGGUGGUGGACACGGUGCUGGCGUUGCUGGAGAAACUGGAGGAGGAGGAGAGUGUCCUGGUGGAGGCUGUGUGCCCACCUGCCCGGCUACCCUUCCCAGGCAGUCCCCCACCUGGCCCUGAGCUGGCUGUGCGCAUCUGUGCUGUGGUAUGUCGGACACAGGGUGACAGGCCCCUGCUGAGCAAGGUGGUGUGCAGCGUGGGCCGUGAGGACCGGCCUCUGCGGCACCAGAGCUCCUUGCCACAGACGCUGGAGGCGGCACUGGCCCGGUGCGGCCUGGGUGAGGCGGGACAGGUGGCGGUCGUGCGACGGCGCGUCAAGGCGGCGGCCGAGGCCGCGCUGGCCGCC